AUGUUGCAAAGUGCAAACUGGCCCACCUUCACAGUCUGUACAAACAUUUUUCUGGUCUAUACACCGCUUCCACCCACUCCCACCCGUGAAGCCCUCCUCGCCAAAAUCCCUCUCAGAACCCUAGCCCCCGCCGCCCCGCGGUUCCGCAUGGCCGGCGCCGCCGCGCUCCGGCGGGCCGCCCGCAGCGCCGUCCGCAAGCUCUCCAACGCCCCCGCCCCCUCCCGUACGACCGUGCUCCCCGAGCGCCUCCUGUCCUCCCAGGCGUCGCCGGAGCACCGCCCCCGCCCCGGCGUGUCGGCGUCGGAGCUGGGGCAGUACCCGCCGGAGCGGAUCCGGAACUUCUCCAUCAUCGCGCACGUCGACCACGGCAAGUCCACGCUCGCCGACCGGCUGCUGGAGCUCACCGGCACCAUCCAGAAGGGCCAUGGGGCUCAGUACCUCGACAAGCUGCAGGUAGAGAAAGAAAGGGGCAUCACCGUCAAAGCCCAAACCGCGACUAUGUUCUACAAGCAUACAGUGGAAAAUCCCGAGUCCCAUGGGACAGAUACUUCAAGCUAUUUGCUUAACCUGAUUGAUACUCCAGGCCAUGUGGAUUUCAGCUAUGAGGUUUCCAGGUCCCUAGCAGCUUGCCAGGGUGCUCUUCUAGUAGUUGAUGCAGCCCAAGGUGUACAGGCACAAACAAUUGCAAAUUUUUACCUUGCAUUUGAGUCAAACCUUAGCAUUAUUCCUGUCAUUAACAAGAUUGAUCAGCCUACUGCUGACCCAGACAAUGUAAAGGCCCAGUUGAAGAGGUUAUUUGACAUUGAUCCAAGUGAAGCUCUGCUCACUUCCGCCAAAACUGGUCAAGGCCUUAGCCAGGUGUUACCUGCUGUUAUCGAGCGUAUACCUUGCCCACCUGGGAAUUGUGAUUCUCCUGUACGAAUGCUGCUCUUAGAUUCGUACUACGAUGAAUACAAAGGGGUGAUAUGUCAUGUUGCUAUUGUUGAUGGUGCGAUGCGCAAGGGAGAUAAGAUUUCAUCAGCUGCGACUGGUCGCACAUAUGAAGUCUUUGAUGUUGGCAUUAUGCAUCCUGAGCUUACCCCUACUGGAGUGCUUUACACUGGACAAGUUGGAUAUGUUAUAACUGGAAUGCGUUCAACUAAAGAAGCACGGAUUGGUGAUACUCUUCAUCAGGCUAAGACUAUCGUUGAACCACUUCCUGGUUUCAAGCCUGUGAGACACAUGGUCUUCUCUGGUGUAUACCCAGCUGAUGGUUCUGACUUUGAGGCUCUUAGCCAUGCAAUUGAGAAGCUAACAUGUAAUGAUGCCAGCGUGUCUGUUACAAAAGAGACGAGCACUGCACUUGGCAUGGGCUUCAGAUGCGGUUUCCUAGGAUUGCUGCACAUGGAUGUGUUUCAUCAACGGCUUGAGCAAGAAUAUGGGGCUCAAGUCAUAUCCACCAUACCAACUGUACCAUAUAUCUUUGAAUAUGGUGAUGAAAGCAAAGUGCAAAUUGAGAAUCCUGCGGCCUUGAAUUUCAAUGCUGGAAAACGUAUAACGGCCUGCUGGGAGCCAACAGUCAUUGCAACAAUUAUUAUUCCUAGUGAGUAUGUUGGUCCUGUAAUUAUGCUUUGUUCGGAAAGGAGGGGAGAACAGCAAGAAUAUACAUUCAUUGAUGCCAAUAGAGCUUUAUUGAAGUACCGAUUACCUUUGAGGGAGAUCAUUGUGGACUUCUACAAUGAGUUGAAAAGCAUAACAUCUGGUUAUGCUACUUUUGACUAUGAAGAUUCUGAGUAUCAAAAAUCUGAUCUUGUUAAGAUGGAUAUUCUACUUAACGGCCAGCCUGUUGAUGCUAUGGCUACUAUAAUCCAUAACCAAAAAGCUCAGAAAGUUGGAAGAGAAUUAGUGGAUAAGCUCAAGAAAUUUAUAGAAAGGCAAAUGUUUGAGAUCACUAUACAAGCAGCAAUUGGUUCAAAGGUUAUUGCAAGGGAAACCCUGUCAGCAAUGAGAAAGAAUGUUCUGGCCAAGUGCUAUGGUGGUGAUAUCACCCGCAAAAAGAAGUUGCUAGAGAAGCAGAAGGAAGGGAAGAAGCGCAUGAAACGUGUCGGGUCCGUCGAUAUCCCCCAAGAAGCGUUCCAUGAGCUACUAAAGGUCUCCAGUUCAAAGUAG